AUGUGUGCCAAAUAUUUAUCUGAACAAAUAAAAAAAACUUUUGAAUAUGUGUUGUAUAUUGUAAAUUCAUCUGUAAACAAUGGUUACAAUCUUGAUUAUUUUCGUUUUGAAUGUAAUGAUUUAUUUGAAAUUUUGAAUGCUGAUUUAUUGGAAGUAAAUGAUGAGAUGGAUGUUUGGAUUCUUCUUAAACGAUGGAUUUUGAUGAAUCGUAAAAAAUGUAGCCAUAUUGUCGUCAACUAUUGA